CUUUCCCAUCAUUCCUGUGCCUGUCUAUGUGAAAGAUCUCUGUUGACGCUGUCUUUAAUGGAUCCCAUCGAGCCCGUCAACGGCUCGCCCGAUCCCCACGAAGACCAGCCCCCGACCGCCUCCCGACCGACGUCAUACCCCCGACAACGUGCGGCUUCGCUGCGUUCCCGCCGUCCCUCCAUUCGCCUCCAACGCCUCCCUUCGUUCGAACAAGCCAGCCUCUCCACACCCCGCUCGCAGCAAUCGCAGCAGAAUGGCGAUAGCGCCAGCCGACCGGCUGGAUCGACCCUGGCCCCUCUUCCUUCCAUUCCUGCGGCUUCCACCGAAGACGAGUCAUGGCAGGGCAAUCGUCGCCGCAGCAACUCCGAACCUCGACCCGGGCGAUGGUCGACGCCCAACCCGGCUGCCCUCGCGCGGCUGACAACGGCCGACCAGAUGCAUCCGGUGAAGGAGGAAUCGUCACACCAUAGUCCGAUCCCCGCGGAGUCACGUCGACCACUCCCAGAGGUUGUCCCGCCGCCGCCUGAGAUACCCAGAAGGGGAAGUCGAAACCCAAUGCGGUGGGCGAGUGGAGCGGCCACGAACCGGUUCACUAGGAAUCGCGCGACGACUGUGAGCGGAAGCGCUCCAGCUCAGACUGAUGAGAUGAGCGAUGAAUAUCGCCCUCAUAUUGUCGACGUUCUGGACGUGAUCGAUCCGGAAGUUUCGGCACUAUCUACGCUCACCAACGUGCAGAACUCUCUGUUUAUUCCCAAUCUGGGGCCUCUCUUGAAUCGUAACCAGACUUAUACCCUCUCGCCACCUUCUCCAUUAAGAGAACUAGAAACGACAAGUGACGAGGAGCCUUCGGACGAGACAAAGGAACCUGAAGUCCGUCCAUCUAUCGAACAUACUCUCACGUCUGUUAUAGCUGAGGCGGGUGAGCCUCGGUUUGCUAUACUGCCAGAUGGCAGUGACCUUGCGGGUUGGAGUCAUGAAGAAAUAGAAGAGCUUAACGAUCAUGUCCGGCACAUGCUGCAUUCUCGCCGAUCAAAGUUUAAACGAUCGAUGAAGGGCUUCAGGAAAUACGUAUCUAAGCCCCUUGGAUUCCUUGUUACCCUCUAUGCCACCCUUAUUACGCUUUUUGGACUGGCCUGGGUACUCUUCCUCAUUGGCUGGAUCAAUGUCGGAGGCCGGCAAUCUUAUAUCAUUAAUGUCAUCGAUAACGUCCUGGUAGCCCUCUUCGCAAUCAUGGGUGACGGGCUGGCCCCGUUCCGAGCAAUCGACACCUACCACAUGAUAUUCAUCGCACGGUACACGUUUAUGACUUGGAAAAUCCGCCGUAAACGCCACCUGCCCGAUCUCAAAAACAAGAACGAUCUUCCGUCACGACGUGAAACAGACGUCGAUGUCGAAUUCGGCGACACCCCGAAGGACGAAGAGUAUGAGUUUACUGUGCUCGACCCUGUGCGGCAGCAAAAGCUCAUCCACCACCAAACCAAGCUGUCCAACUCCCACACCUUCUACAAACCCCACGAAACCUUCACCCACCACGCCUUCCCCAUGCGCCUGCUCAUCGCCAUCGUCGUGCUCCUUGACUGCCACUCCCUCUUCCAGAUUGCUCUGGGUACCUGCACAUGGGCCAUCAGCUACCAUGUUCGCCCUUUCGCCCUCACCACCGUCAUCCUCUGCUGCUCCAUCUGCUGCAACAUCACGGGCGGUGUGCUGAUCAUGGUGGGAGACCGCAUGACCCGCAAGAAGGACGUCGUCGAACGUCUCUUCCGCCAGCAGUUAACCGAAGAAGCGAUGAAGAAGAUCCGGAAGAAGAAGCGGAAAGAAGAGGAGAAACGCAACGCCGAAAAUGGAGGUGUAUCACGCUCCCACUCAACCUCCUCCCAAUCCCAACGGCAGCCAUUGCAAGCGCAGAAUAAUGAGGGCACACAUGAAUCAUAAUCCCUCCUUUCCCUCCACUUUCCAAAUGCACAUCACAACUCCUCGCACGCUUCACGACGCCUACGAUACUCCAUCUCCCAUUUCUCCCGACAAUGAUAUCCCCACCGCCUCCAUACCCCAUUCUGCUUCGCAAAAAAGCACGAGGAUCACCACACCAUAGAUGGAUCUCUCUGUACUAAUAUAUACGCACAUAUCUGUUGUAUCUAUCUUUCGCCAUGUUCAAAUUUGCUAUGCUACUUGUCUGUGGAAUUUCCAGCGAUUUUAUUUAUUGCUAGUUAUCUUCUAUUGAAUGUCAGAGAUAGCGAUGCAUAUAUAUGUUGCAUUGACCUGACUAUCGCCAUUGCUGUUCAUAUUUCCGUCUCUAUUGAAAUCGCGUACUGCUAAGACACAGCGUGUCAUGCAUAUCUGGAAUACUAGUAUAUACUAUUAUAUUUUUCAGUACCUACAUACACU